UGGGAUACAGUAAGAUAGGGGUAACUGGCAACAUGAGCUCCACUUCUAAAUUUAUUAUAUCAAUAAAUUCUUAAACACAUCCGAAAUUACUAAAACAAUAAUUUCGCGACGCGUGGCCGAGUGCGCCCAUUGGCGAUACAGCCUGGUGAUUAAAUUAAUGUAGCGCGAGCAAGAUGGCGGAAAGCGAGGAAUGCGCGGGAAGUUCACUGUGCGUGGAUUCAAUUACAGUCAACACCUGUCUUAAAAAAGGGAUGAAAAGAUGCUCUGGGUGUGGACUGGAACAAGGGAUUGCAAAAAAGGUUUGCAAGAACCAAGGUUGUUCUUUGAGGUUUCCAACAAAAGAGAAGAAUUUGGAUGCUUUAAAAAAUAUGAGCAAUCCGAACAUUACGCAACAAAGGAAGCACAUGGAAAAACGAGCUGAUAUUCUGAACAUCCACAACAACUGUGAUAUUGUCAUUUUAAUGCAUCACAAGCAUGGAAGUGGCGAUACGUUAACUUUCUAUGGAACGGAAGGAGCUGGAGUUUCUUUCAUCGGAAACAAAAGUACCAUAGAGACUUCCGAAGGUGGUCGAGUAGCACUCAAUUUAUUUAGAAAAUUCAUUGAAGCACCUCACACCAAAGAUAAAGUAAAUUCAAAAAUUCCUUGGCUUUGGAGCAAAAACUACAUUGUCAGACAGCUUGUGAUGAACAAUGGUCCUCUUAGGUUAUUUUGUGCAUUUUUAAUUUUUGCACCCCUUUCGAGUUUCCUGUGAAAGUCCUUAAUACCGCCCG